AGCAUUGAUGCGCUUUAACACUCUCCGAAAGCGCGGGAAAGUGACGUCAUUGACAACAUUGGCGCGGUUUUUGCGAAAGAAGACGCGUCUGCAGGAGCACAAAACAAAUAUGGAUGAUGUGCCCGCUGACAAUGCCGAGUCUAAGCUAUCAAAAGCUGCGGAGGAGGAGCUAAUGAUCAGAUGUGAGCAGCAGUUUGAACAGCUAGAAAAGCUUCAAAAUGAGAUUAUUCUAUGUGAGCCAGAUUUAAGCGAAAAUCCUCAAGAACAGUCAGUGAAUCGGCUGUUGGCAACCGAAGCCGAACUGGACCGGUGGCACACAGUGGAACCUCAAUUGCUGGCAGAAAACCCUGAAGUUUUACUUAAAGCUGGAAAGGAAGAGAUGCGCAAGUUGUGCUCAGAACUUGAGAUGGUUCUCUCUUGUGUUGAAGCAAAGAGAGAUAACUUGAGAGAAACUAAAAAGCUUGAAGAGAAGUGGUUGGAAGAGAAACGGCAGGUGCUAGAGUCUGCCACCAGUCAUGCUAAUCUCAUACAAGAGCAAAAUGAGAAAUUAUCAGAACACAGUGUGCUGCAGGACACCAAGGACAAGAUCCAGAAAAUGAAAGUCUACCAGGAAAAACUUAUGGAGUCUCUGGGAGAAAUUCUAGAAAAACACAUUCCGCCCCCCGUCAGUGCAAACAAGAAGAAUAUCCCAGACGAAACAAAUGAAGAUUUGAUUUCACUCAGUGACAUUCUCGAGCUGCUCAUGAACAAGGUCCUGAACACGUCACAUGACCCUUACGUGACAAUAGACUCCACUUUUUGGCCGCCAUAUGUAGAGAUGCUGCUCCGAUAUGGUAUUGCUGUGAGACAUCACGAAAACUACUUCAAGAUCCGCCUGGAAACGUUUUUCUGAAGCAGUUGAGCAUUUCAGUUUCCUUUUUCAUACCCGGUAUCUGGUCAUUUUUGGUGAAAACUAUCAGUGAAUCCAAAAUGUUCUUAAGUGGCAGCCUGAUUUCAAAAUGGAAUGAAUUCACAUUUGUUUUCUGAAUUAUGUACGAUCGAGCACAGCUCUUAAGGUGAGGGAGAAGUGAGGUUCAUACAUUAUGUAAUAGUACAGCCACAGUAACUAGCAUCCCUUUCAAUAACACUUUCUGGAUGCACUAUGUACUCAUAGGACAAACACUGACAUACGACUACAAUAUCUGCGUCAAAUGUAUAAAUAUAUAUAUAUAUAUUUUUUUUAUUGUGGUUUUCUACACUGCAUGACAUGCAGAUGGCUCAAUAUUUAGGUGCAAAAGAAAGUGAUGGGUAACCUCUAUAAUGUACAGUGGACUAUGUCAUGUUUGUUUAGUAUACUUUGUUUUCACUUUACCCCUCAUGCACAUUAUGUAAAUAUGUAAUACAUCUGAUCAUGGUUUCAUAAAGUUAAUUGUAUUUGUCUUC